AACAGGGAGAGUUUCACUACGAAGCGGUCUCGAGGAGGGAGUUUCGGCAGAGUGACUCCAGCGUGUGACACAGUUACCUCCGCUGGUCUCACUUGUUUAGUGGAACGCCUCAUUCGGAGACCAUGUCGCAUCAGACGGGCAUCGUUCCCAACGAAGCCUUGCUUAAGUUCAUGGCCAAAGCCCGCGAUUCGAAGUGUCGUGUUUUCAAAGUGGUCAUUGACAGCGAGCAGCUCAGCCUCGCUGAUAGCCUCAACAUCCAGGGCGACUGGAAGAGCGACUUUUCAAAAUAUGUGCCCCAGCUGACGGAAGAGAAGCAGCCAUGCUUCCUGAUUUUCCGUCUGGACUCUCGAGGAGAAUGGCUUCUCAUAAGUUACUCGCCCGAUAAUUCACCGGUGCGUCUGAAAAUGCUCUACGCUUCAACGAAAGCCACAAUGAAGAAGGCUUUCGUCACCGAUUCGGAAUACGUCGCCACAUCGAAGGAGGACGCGACCUUGGCCGGAUACGAAGCACAUUUAAAAGCGGAAAACGCUCCACCUCCGAUGACCCAUGCCGAAAGAGAGCUCGCCGAGGUUAGGCUUCACGAAAGCUUUGCUUCGGUUGGCAUCGACACGAAGCAGCAGACAUUGAAGGGUCUGGAGCUGCCGAUAUCCGACGACGCCAUCGAUGGCUUCUUCUGUUUGAAGGAGGGCAAAAUAAAUUACUUGCAAAUCGGCAUCGAUAUCCAAAGCGAGCAGAUCAUCGUCCACGACCGGGCGUUUCUCGAUUCCGCCGAUGAGCUCAGCGGCCGAGUACCGCAAGGCGAACCACGCUAUCAUCUCUUCAACUUCAAGCACAUUCACGACAAUCAACGGGUGAUUUCCACGAUCUUCAUUUACACGAUUCCUGCCGUCAAGUGCCCGAUCAAAGUGAAGAUGCUUUAUUCCUCGUGUAAGGCGCCGCUCAUCAACGACAUCCAGAACAAGAUCGAAAUCCCUCUGGCGAGAAAGCUGGAGCUCGACGACCUCAAGGAUCUCAACGAGGCUUUCCUUAUGGAUCAGCUAUAUCCAAAGUCUGGGUCGGGCAAGAACGUAUUCGCGCGACCCGCUGGACCCACCGGACGACAGGGCGGCCGGCGGCUGGUUAAAUAGGAUAAGGCCGGCUGCUGUCAUUGCUAGAUGCGAGAUAUCUCCGGGGGACUUCUUCGAGAACAGAUCACACAGAACGAAUGAAUAGGAGAUACGUGAGUCCAGAACACGAGGUCUUCGAGAAGUCCUUCGGGUAUGCAGGUGCUCCGAGAGCUUCCGGAUUGUCGAUAUACAACGAUUUCAAACUUGGAGGUUUUUGAAUUCCUUCCCGAUCGGAAGUGUUUCGCCCCAUCCCGACGGACUAGUUCCCAAUUUGAACAGCCGGAUGCUAAGCCGCUUUGCGAUACAUAUCUGCAAUGUCCUUCCCAUACGAGUCUUUUCUUCUUGAGCUUUUUUGAAGCAAUAAUAUCUUCCUCCAGUGAUAGCUGAGAGAUUGAAUUCGAGAAAUUUCUCGGUAUCAGAUGGCCAAUUUUUCGUCUGCACUUCCGUAUACAAUGUCCGUGGAAACGCUCCGUCCCGUAUUCUACGUCCACCGUGGAUUUCUAUCCGUGAAUUCCUGUCCGAGAAAUUCACAACGUGUCGGGAAAACUGAGCGUAAUCGUCUCACUAUCCUUUCGAGUAUCGACUAACCGCACUUCGAAGACAGCAGCACCCGUUUCCCUUUUCUCGGGAACUCUUCUCCCCGCAUUCCUGGGGCCCAGCCUCGGGGGAGUCGGAGUUGAGAUCUCGAUUUAACACUCGCACCUAGGCCCCUAUCACAGAUCAGUGACGCAGCCUAAUAACUAAUUAUAAUAAUACAUUCACCAAAACCUUCCACAUCGUCUGUCGAGGCUCUGAGCCGCUCGAUAGGCAGAAAACUAGAUGAACGGAAGAGUCGUAGUUCCGAUGCCGGAACUUCCAUAGGUCAAUCGAACGUGAUAUUCGCAGCACCGUAUAAAGCUCGCGGACUAACUCCACGCUUAAGAAAGACACGUCUGAAAGAACCUGCUCAGCGAAAACGCCCAACGAGAGAAUCUGAGAGGCACACUCAAGGCAAAGUUACCUAUUGUGAAUCCUGGUGGGUAUAUUGCAAACUUCCUUCGUCACGGCAAAUCGCAUGCCAACCCUUGAUAUGAAUGUUCAGAAGUGAGCGAUUCUAUUAUAGUCUCUAGAUCAUUGAUAUGCUGCGGAUUUCCGUCAGCAUCGUGCUACUGUGUUUUUGGGUGUUUUUCGCCCCCUUGGAUGAUUCAACCUACUGUUUGAUAUUCCGAAUUAUGAUUGGGGGAAAUAUAUUGCGAUCCUCUCGGAACUCCGAUGCU